AUGACGACAAUACCAACAACAGUAGCCCUCCCGCCGGCAUCGACAUCGACUACGACGACGACAACAUACUCAUCACCACCGCCGCCAGAGGGCCAAUUCCCCCUGCCCCCCCUCCUCAAAAACCAAUCCUCAACCCCGCCGACCCUCAUCACCCAAGGCGCAGAAGCCCGCCUCUACCACACAACCUUCCUCUCCCCCCACCGGCCCGCAGCCCUCAAAUACCGGCCCCCCAAACCCUACCGCCACCCGACCCUCGACGCCCGCCUCACCCGCGCCCGCAUCCUCGCCGAAGCCCGCGUCCUAGCAAAAUGCCGCCGCGAGGGUUGUCCCGUGCCCGCGCUGUACGCCCUCAACGAGGUCGCCGGAUGGCUCAUGCUCGAAUGGAUCCCGGGCGCACCCGUCAGGGUGCGGAUCAACGAGUGGCUCGGCGAGCGGACGACGGAAGCAGCAGAAGCAGGACAAGGAGGAGGAUCAGAAUCGACGGCCGUGGGUAACACCAAAAAAGACGCGACGGGCCUCAGGAACCUCAUGCGGAGAAUGGGCACCGCGAUAGGCAAAAUGCACAAGAUCGGCAUCGUCCACGGCGACCUGACAACGUCCAACAUGAUGCUCCGCCCACCGCCAAAGUCCUCCGCAACCUCCACGUCCACCUCCACCUUGGAACAACGUGACGACCCCCUUGAAGGCCAAGUCUUCAUCAUCGAUUUUGGCCUCGCGAGCCAGAGCACCUCGGAUGAGGACCGCGCCGUCGACCUCUACGUCCUCGAGCGCGCCUUUGGCAGCACACACCCGCGCGCCGAGGCCUACUUCCAGGACGUCCUGGACGCCUACCGCGACUCGUACAAGCAGGCGUCCGUGACGCUAAAGAAGCUCGAGGACGUGAGGAUGAGGGGUCGCAAGAGGAGCAUGAUUGGCUAG